AUGGCUCAUCUUUACGGAGACAUCGACCCAAAGACAGCUGCUUUCAUCUUGCAGCUCCAGCGUGAUGAACUCCAAGCAGCUUUGUCUGAGGGCACUGCACACGACAAAGUCGCCCUGCAGUUGCAACUAGAAGAGCUCAACCUCAUCGAACCAGCCCACAAUGAGACCACCGAACAGCAAACCACACUGAACCGCCGCGCACGUGAACCUGCUGAUUCUGGAAUUGCCAGUCUCUUUUCCGGUCUCUUCGCCGCUGGACAGUCAAUCUAUCAAGCACUAAUCCGACCAGCUCUUCGAGAUUGCACCAUCCCAGUCGACAAUCUCAACAACGACCAGAUCGAUGACAACCAACCCGAGUCUCCAUUCACUUGCGUGGCCUACGCCAAGCUUGUACUUGACCCUAAGCUCAUCAGAAACUUUGAGCACAAGUCCAUCGAGCUCGAUACCAAGGACAGAACAUACUGCUUUGACCCCCGCUGUUCGACCUUCAUACCCACCGAGCACAUCACGGUUGAUAUCGCUGGCUGCCCCGGUUGCGGAAAGAGGACCUGCGCCAUUUGCAAAGCCGCUGCUCAUCGUGGUGACUGCCCUCGCGAUGAAAAUCUCCAACUGCUUCUUCAGGCCGCUGAGGCACAAGGUUGGCAGCGUUGCUACCAAUGUCGCCGACUCGUCGAACUCCGCUCAGGAUGCAACCACAUGAUUUGUCCAUGUGGUGCUCACUUCUGCUACGUUUGUGGAGCUUCCUGGAACCCAAGAGCCUGCCGUUGUCCCCAGUGGGAUGAGACCCGCCUGCAAGAGAGAGCAGAACAGAUUUUCGCCCGCGAUCCUCGUCAUCGUCUCUUCAGACCUCCUCAAGGUGCCUUGGAUCCUGGCGUCGAUGCGGCUGCCGCUGUUCCUCCGGUCAUCCCUCAGGAGAAUGUCGACCGUGGUCAACCUGCUAAUCCUGUCCCUGCUUGGAUCGAGUAUGGUCGUCAACUCCGUGCUGAGGUCGACCCUCCUGCUCGCCCUGCUGCAGCUGCCAAUAUUGAGCCCGCUCGCGUUGCUCAUGCAGAUGUUGCUCGCCAGAUCGAACGCCUUCCUGCUCGUAACGUCCCAGUCGCUCGCCUCGCCACUCGAGAUGAUCCCAUUGUUCCUGUCCCAGUCUUUCGUAACGCCUACAUCCCACCUGAAGCUCGCCGUGCUGCCAUUCCAGCUCCCAUGAGCAUGCCUAUCAGAGCUGGUCGUCCUGCGGCUCAAGAUGCCGUUGCUGUUCACCAGCAACGCCUCGUCGCUCAAAUCAGAGAGGAUCUCAGACGCAACCAUGAAUGCGACCAUGAGAGAUGGACGUGUCAUCGUGGCCGUCACCGCUGCGAAGAGUGUAACCACAUGCUUCCUCACUACAUCUUCGAGUGCCGCCAGUGUCACAUUCGUGCCUGCCAGCGUUGUCGCCGCAACAGAUUGUGA